AUGAGGUCUGGACGGAACACGGACAGUGGUUGGGCGUGGGUGGUCCUUGCGGUGUCGGUGUUCAACAUGUAUGUGUUGGGGACUCUGGCCAUCUCUGUAGGAAUGUUCCAGGACCGGUUUCUCCAGCAUUACGAUGGCAGCACGGCUUAUAUUAGCUUGGUGUGUUCCUUCUUCAUCAGCCUGCAGUCAAUACUAGUUCAGUAUACGUACAUCCAUAAUGAUUGGGGAACAAUACUAUCUGUUGGACUCGUGGCGUCCAGCAUUACCAACACUCUUCCGCAGUUGCUUGGCUGUUUCGGAAUACUCUCUGGGAUAGGAUUUGGCAUCAUUUACACGCCAGCUACAAUAGCUGUCGGAUAUUACUUCCGGGAGAAAAGAGUAUUAGCCCAUGGACUCGCUACAUCAUUUAUCGGCGUCGGUGUCUUGUCUGGUCCGCAUGUGAUUGGCUGGUUGAUUGACCAAUUUGGCUGGAGGACGGCGAUGUCCACGCUUGGAUGUGUCAUUGCCCAGAUGGUGGUAACGGGAUCUCUGAUAUUUCCACACGAAAGGUCAAAACAAAGUGCUUCUGUUGCAGUUGGUAAAUAUGUCAGCGCAUUCACACUUCUGAAAGACAAGAUCCUCCUUAUCAUCCUCCUUAACUAUUUCACGUACAUGAUGGGCUACUCAAUUCAGCUGGUUCAUCUGCCAUCUUAUGUGCGUUCCGUUGGAGUACCACCGGCCAAAGUCCCAUCGCUGUUCACCGCCUAUGGCCUCACUCUCACUGUGGCGCGGAUUCUCAUUGGGGCGAUCUGUAAUGACAAGAGCACUGAUUUGCUGAUGAUGUACAUAUCGUGCCAAGGCCUGAACUCUUUGACAAUAUUAUUCAUGCCACUAUUCGCGUAUGGAUUUGCUCAACUUGUUCUAUACGAAGUUCUGUUUGGCUUAUAUUACGGUGUUAGCUUUAUGUUACUGACGCCUAUUGUUGUGGAGCUGUUCGGAGUUGAACGCCUGGCAACAGUGUUUGGAGUUACCUUAUGUGUGGGCGGUGUAAGCUAUCUGAUUGGUCCCACCAUUGCAGGUGCACUGUACGACAUGACAUCAUCAUACGCCGCAGGGUUCCAUAUUGGUGGCUCUGUGUCUCUUCUGGGCACUAUGCUGCUAUUCCUCAUCCCGAUACUGAAGAGAGAAGCCAAAGUUCCAGGAGAUCCUGAGAACCCGGAAUGUUUGGAUCCUUCUUAAUGCGAAGGAGCAAGGUCGAUUUGGAAGUUAAUGUGCAUACUGUUUAUAGGUUACCUUCGCACAGAAGGCCACUGGUCCAUGGUGCUCAAUUAUAUUUUGAAAUGUCUUUAUUGUAUUUCAUAUUUCUUAUUAACGUUCGAAGACAUGAAUUUAGAAAUACGUUUGAAAGUACAUAAAUUAUGCGAACUGAGCAAUUACAGUACAUUUAUUCACA